AUGUCUCCGACAAGCAUCCUCCUCUUCCACCUUUACACCACCUGCUGCUUCCUCUUCUCCUACAAUGUUGUAGCGGAAUCCGCUGCCUCCGUCUUCUCCUUCAGCUUCGACUUCUCCAACGGAUCCAUCUACCGCUCAGAUGACCUCCUGUUCGAGGGCAACGCCAGCCUCAACGGUAAGCUAGUCGACCUCACAUGUAACACAGAGGGCGAGUCCAGGCAAGGUUGCCAGGGGCGGAUGUCCUACAAUCACCCGGUGCCCUUCUACGACGCCCGCACUCGUGAGGUGGCGAGCUUUUCCACACGUUUCAACUUCAUGAUUAAGGGCUUCAAUCAGUCCAUUGCAGCCGAUGGCAUGGCUUUCUUUCUCUCCAGUUUCCCAUCCGUGUUGCCGCUGGACGCUGGCGGGAGCACCCUCGGCCUCCAUGGUGGAGACGGGAUGAACGCCAAGGGCGCUGACCGGAUCAUCGCCGUCGAGUUCGACAAAUUCAGAAACUACUUUGACCCCUCAUCCGAUCACAUAGCCAUCGACAUCAACACUGUUAAAGCCUCAGCCAACACUACAACCUUGCCCAACGGCAGUCUCAGAGGCGCCAUGACGGCGACCAUCACUUUCAACAGCACCACUCGCAUGCUACUGGCCACUCUUCAGUUUGAUGACAAUCCUUCUCUUGGCCCCGUGCAAGUCAGCACGGAGUUACCUGAUCCCGUCACAGAUUUGCUCCCGUCCGAGGUGGCGGUGGGGUUUUCUGCGGCCACCGGAAGAUAUUUCGAGCUUCAUCGGAUUAUCUCCUGGUCCUUCAACUCAACACUUCCUUUCAAACAACAAGAAAAUCGGAAACAGCUGAUUAUUGGCGGAGCCCCUGUGUCCAUCAUAGUCUUGGUUGGGAUUUUCCUGGUUUGGUACAUUCUGUCAUAUUUCAGGUGGUGCCGCACACGCGAUUCCUUCUCGUCGGGAACAACCGUUAAGAGAUUUGAGUACAGCGAUUUGUGCGACGCGACAAGCAGAUUCUCCAAGGAAAGCGUACUUGGAGAGGGUGCCUUUGGCACAGUAUAUAAGGGAAGGUAUACAGACGACAACGGCAAUACUCAAGACGUGGCUGUGAAGAAGAAAAAAAAGACUACAGUUGAAAUUGAGGAUUUCCUGGCCGAGCUGAGGAUAAUUAGUGAAACGAGGCACAUGAAUCUAGUCGAGCUGAAAGGGUGGUGUUGUAGCAGAAACAUAUGGGACUUGUUUGAUUUUAUGUGUUGGUGCAGGAAACAAAAGGUUAACCUCUUUCUUGUCUAUGAAUUGGUGCCGAAUGGUACCCUUGAGGACCACCUACACCACAGGGAGGAAAUUCUACCAUGGGAAAAGAGGUAUCAAAUUGUAAAGGGCAUAGGGUCUGCACUACGUUAUCUUCACCAUGAAUGCAAUAUAUCCAUCCUGCACAGAGAUAUCAAGCCAGGCAACAUACUGCUGGAUUUAGAUUUCACUGCCAAGCUCGCUGACUUUGGGCUAUCCAGGACCUUCGCCAGCAAAAAUGAUACAACACUGGUUACAACUGCAAUAGGGACAGUGGGAUACAUUGAUCCGGAGUGCAUGAAAAAUGGGGAUGUCAAGUUCCAGCGUAAGUCCGACGUCUACAGCUUUGGAAUUGUUCUGUUAGAGAUUGCAUGUAGAAAGACAAGGGAGGAAGUCUUGGAGCGUUACAGAAGCAAGGCUGAACCCAGUAUGGUGGAGGCCGCUGAUGAGAAACUAAAUGGUGCCUUCGACGAGACGCAGAUGGAGCGUGUAAUUGUGUUGGGCCUCAAGUGCUCUGACCCACAGGGGAAACAACGUCCUUUCAUGCUGGAUGCAAUGAAAUUUCUGGAGGACGGCAUAGAGUUGCCUGCAAUAACAGAAAUACAGUGA